GACAGGACACAGACACAACAUUGAUAAUGGAUUCUCGCGCCACUCAACGGAUAACUCGAAUACUUUUAACUGGUCCACCAGGUAUUGGCAAGACGACAGUAUGUAAAAAAAUAAGUGAGUUAAUUGAAAGAAAUAAAUUUAAUUAUGAUGGAUUUUAUACUGAAGAAAUAAGAUCGUCUUGUAAAAUGAGGAUUGGGUUUGAUGUGGUGCCACUAAAAAAUGUCGAUCAGCGAAGUUGUCUGGCACGAAUCGAAUCUGCUUUGGAAGGAAGGAAACCCUCGAAAAUAAAAGUUGGGAAUUAUCAAGUUUUUGUUGAUGAAUUUGAAGUCGUUGCACUGCCAAGACUACAAUCAAUAUCAGAUAUUUUGAUGAUUGAUGAAAUUGGCAAGAUGGAAUUAUUUAGCAAGCGAUUCAUUGAUUGCAUUGAAAAUUUAUUUUUUAAAGACCCGUGGAAAAAAAACUUUAUUGUCGCUACGAUUCCAGCAAAAGAUCGCGUUCCUCAGCGACAUCGUAAUUUAUUUGAUAAGUUAUAUCAGAUAAAUGAUUGCAAAAUUUAUGAAGUAACCAGGGAAAAUCGUGAAAAAUUACCGAAAGAAAUUAUGGAUGCUAUCAAAGUAAUAAUGGAUACAAAGUAA